UAUCUCGGUGAAUCUUCGGUGUAGUUCGGUAAGACGGCUUAUGAAAUUCGUGUUUCUAUUGGCAAUGGUAAUGUGACAUAUAUAAUUCGCGGAUCAGAAAUUCACGCAGGGGUAUAAACAAUUCGUGUUUCUUGCGAUAUUUAAUUAUUGCUGUGAUUUACGCUACAAUUACAAACUACGAUGCCGCGAGGAAAAUUCGUAAAUCACAAAGGCAGGAACAGGCACUUCACAAAUCCAGAAGAAUUGGAGGAGCAGCGGCGCCAGGAAGAAAAAAAGCAACAGUGGAGAAAAAAUAAAGGGCAGGAGAGUUCAAGUGAGGAAGAGGAUGAUGAUGAGGAGACCAAAACGAGUGGAGCCAAUAGGUCAAAAAGUAGUACCACAGAUAGCAACAGUGAGUCAGAAUCAGAAUCGGAAACAGAGGGAGGAAAAGCAAAAGGUGUAGAGAAUUUAAUUCAAGUAGAAAAUCCAAACAGAGUACAAAAGAAAACAAAAAAAUUAUCCCAACUGAAUCAAUCGUUAGACACUGCAAAACCAGAACUAUCUCGAAGAGAGCGGGAACAAUUGGAAAAACAAAGAGCCUAUGCGAAUUAUCAAAAAUUACAUGCGGCCGGUAAAACGGAUGAAGCUCGAGCGGACCUAGCACGAUUGGCUAUAAUUAAGCAACAACGAGAAGAGGCGGCAAAACGACGAGAGGAAGAGAAAAAGCAAAAAGAAAUGGCGCAACAAAAGAAGACAGAGCUAACACAGAAGGCGCUCGGAAAAAAGUCUUAGAAUAUGAUGACUAAUUGCCACAAACUUCUAUAACUAGAUUACUGACUUCGAUUAUUUUGUAUGUGAAGUCUGAUUUCUGUGGCUGAACUAGUGUACACUUUUGGAACUUAAAGUGAGAUAGGUAUACGUUUGAUACUUGUCAAAAGCAAGAAAGAGAGUUCUAGUGCGCUUUAGUGCAGGAACAGAAAACAGACUAAUAAUAGAAAAAAAACAAAAGUAAUACUCUGAGAAUCUGUCACUUAUGCUUAUGUAUGUAUAAGGUUGGAGCACAGACCUUUGGGUAACGCAAUAAUACAUAAAGCAUAAGAGAAUUAACCAAUCAGAGUUCUUCAUUUCAUGAAAGGAAAGAUUGAAUGGCUAAUUCUCUUAUACAGGGUGAGUCAUUUUAAUCUAUAGACCCGAAUAUACCAAAUUCCAAAUUACGGUAUCUACAAAAAAAUGGUUUAGAUAAAAGUUGACCAGGACAGAGGGGGUCAUUUAAUUGUACCAUUAGUUUUGACCUUGAGGUCAAUUUUGAAGGUCAUUUCAAGGUCACAAUGAUUUUUUUAAAUGGGACACCCUAUUUUUGAC